AAUGAUCCCCAGCCUCUUCAAAUCCGCUGCCAUGAGGCCCGCCUCUGCCAGAUUCGCCAGACUCGGCAUGCAGGUCAGAGGCAACGCCUCGGUUGUCUCUGGCAGCCAGCGUGCAGCUCCUCUCGAGAGCAGAAGAUCCACUGCUCCUUCCUUUGAGCGUGCUACCUUCACUAUCAGAGAUGGUCCUAUUUUCCACGGAAAGAGUUUCGGUGCUAAGACUAACAUCAGUGGUGAGGCCGUUUUCACCACUUCCCUGGUCGGCUACCCCGAGUCCAUGACCGACCCCUCUUACCGUGGUCAAAUUCUGGUCUUCACCCAGCCCCUGAUCGGUAACUACGGCGUUCCUUCGUCCGUCAGAGACGAGUUUGGUUUGCUCAAGUACUUCGAGUCACCCAACAUUCAAGCUGCCGGUAUCGUCGUCGCCGAUGCUGCUCUCCAGUACAGUCACUGGACCGCCGUUGAGAGUUUGAGCGAGUGGUGCGCCAGAGAAGGCGUUCCCGCCAUCUCUGGUGUUGACACCCGUGCCAUUGUCACUUACUUGCGUGAGCAAGGUUCUUCGCUCGGCAAGGUCGUCGUUGGUGAAGAGUAUGAUGCCGACGAGGACGAGGCUUUCGAGGAUCCCGGCAACGUCAACUUGGUCGCCAAGGUCAGCACAAAGGCUCCCUGGCACAUUCCCUCGCCCGUUGGUGACAUGCACGUUGCUCUCAUCGACUGUGGUGUCAAGGAGAACAUUAUUCGCAGUCUGGUUUCUCGUGGUGUUUCGGUCACUUGCCUGCCUUACGACUACCCCGUCCACAAGAUUGCCAGCCACUUUGAUGGUGUCUUCAUUUCCAACGGUCCCGGUGACCCAACUCACUGCCGCAGCACCAGCGACAACCUCCGCAAGCUGAUGGACUCUUCUCAGAUCCCCAUCAUGGGCAUCUGUCUUGGUCACCAGCUUUUGGCUAUGGCCAUUGGUUGCCAGACCAUCAAGAUGAAGUACGGUAACCGUGCUCACAACAUUCCCGCCCUUGACUUGAUGACUGGAAAGUGCCACAUUACCUCGCAGAACCACGGUUAUGCUGUUGAUGCUUCUACCAUCCCUAGCGAGUUCAAGGAGUACUUCAUCAACCUCAACGACUCUUCCAACGAGGGCAUGAUCCACAAGCACCGUCCCAUCUUCAGCACCCAAUUCCACCCCGAGGCCAAGGGUGGACCGCUCGACUCGAGCUACCUGUUUGACGCUUACGUCGACAGUGUUAAGCAGUACAAGAAGACACAGGCUUCUCUCUACCCCAACAUGGCCAACCGUCCCAGCCCUCUGCUUGUUGACUUGCUUGCAAAGGAGCGCGUCGGCGUUGCUCCUGGCGUGCCUCUCUACCAGCACCCUGAGCCCGUUGUUGCU